UCGCUCGCUCGCUCGCUCUUUCUCGCCACCCGCCGUCCCCGUCUCUCCGCCGAAAGAUGUUGGGCCUGGUUUGCCGUCAGACGUUGCUGGCGAAUACCCAAAAGGUCGGCACUAGGUGUCUGAGGUCGAUAGUUCCGGUAUCACAUCCGCCGGAGUUUCCGCUGAAAAAUGAGCCUCUUCUUAACUACAAGAAGGGCAGCCCGGAGAGAGAGGAGCUGGAGAAAGUCUUGGAUAAGAUGGCCAGCGAAUGCGAGGAGGUGCCGUUAGUUAUCGGAAACGAGGAGAUCAAGACCGACCUGUGUCGAUAUCAAGUUAUGCCGCACAAUCAUAAGGAGAAGAUCGCCAAGUAUUACUGGGCGACACCGGAGCUCGUGAAGAAGGCGAUCGACGUCGCGGUGAAGGCGCAACGGGAAUGGGAGAGAUCGUGGCCGAUCGAGAAGCGACUAGAGAUGUGGCUGAAGAUAGCGGAUCUGAUGGCGACCAAGUACAGACAGAGCCUGAAUGCAGCCAUCAUGCUGGGCCAGAGCAAGACCGUGAUCCAGGCGGAGCUCGACAGCGCGGAGCUGAUCGACUUCUUCAAGAUGCACGCGUACUUCGUCAAGGACAGCCUCAAGUACCAGCCGAUCUCGCCGAAUCGGCAUAUCUUCAACUCGAUGAGGCAUCGCGGCAUGGACGGCUUCGUCGCGGCGGUGUCGCCUUUCAACUUCACCGCCAUCGGUGGCAAUCUCAGUUACACGCCGGCGCUGAUGGGUAACGCCGUGCUCUGGAAGCCGUCCGACACCGCGUUAUUAUCCAACUGGUGGAUCUUUAAGAUAUGCAGGGAGGCCGGAGUACCGCCCGGCGUGGUGAAUUUCGUUCCCUGCGAAGGACCCGUGUUCGGGGACACUAUCACGUCUUCGCCUUAUCUCGUCGGGCUCAACUUUACUGGCUCGGUGCCGACGUUCAACCGUCUUUGGUCUCAGGUCGGCCAGAAUCUCUCCAAGUACAGAAACUAUCCGAAAUUGAUUGGCGAGUGCGGCGGCAAGAACUAUCACUUCGUCCAUUCGAGCGCUGAUGUGGAGUCUGUCAUUAAUGCAACGAUAAGAAGUGCGUUCGAGUUUAAUGGACAAAAGUGUUCCGCUUGCAGUAGAAUGUACGUUCCGGAAUCUCUGUGGGGCAAGAUAAAAGAUGGCCUCUUAGCUCUUCGUCAGAAACUUACGAUCGGUGAUGUCCGAGACUUCACAAUCUUCACCGGUGCUGUUAUAGAUGCCGCUGCAUUCAAACGGAUUUCCGGUUACAUUGAAUACGCGAAAAAAUCACCCAAGAUGGAAAUUCUUGGCGGUGGAGGCUAUGAUAAUUCAUGUGGAUAUUUUAUUGAACCGACAAUAGUACAAACCAAAGAUCCGAAGGAAAAGCUCAUGACGGAAGAGAUAUUCGGCCCAAUAUUAACGAUAUACGUUUACAAGGAUUCCGACCUAAACGAGACGGUAGAGCUGGUGGAAACAUCUACGCCUUUCGCCUUAACGGGCGCGAUAUUCGCGCAAGAUGAAACAUGGGUGAGAAAAGCGCUCGAGGACUUCAAGUACACUGCCGGUAAUUUUUACGUCAACGAUAAAUCCACCGGGUCGGUGGUCGGCCAGCAACCAUUUGGUGGCAGUCGAAUGUCUGGUACAAAUGACAAAGCCGGCGGUCCUCAUUACAUUCUUCGCUGGACGUCCCCGCAAUCCAUUAAGGAGAACUUCGCGCCCCUACGGGAAUAUGACUAUCCAUACAUGCGAUCCAACUUGAGAAAACGAUUUCGCUUAGGAGUUUCUCUCGAUAAGAAGCACAGUAAGCUCGCGAGCGCAACUUUUUUUGCGAUGCACAAUAGAGACACGACUAGAUUUUUAGAUGGAUUAACGCUAAGGGAGAGGAGAAUGGCGGACGCUGCUCCAGCCGCACGUGGUGGCUUUCGUGGAGGUUUCGGCUCUCGCGGUGCGGGAGGUGAUCGUGGAGGUCUGAGAAGUCGUGGUCGUGGUGGCAGAGGUAGAGGACGUGGCCGUGGACGCGGCAAGGAAGAUAGCAAGGAAUGGGUUCCUGUUACCAAGCUAGGCCGCUUGGUCAGAGACGGCAAGAUUCAAUCUCUCGAGCACAUUUAUCUGUUUUCUUUACCCAUCAAAGAGUAUGAGAUCAUCGACAGGUUCCUCGGACCAGAUCUUAAGGACGAAGUCUUGAAGAUCAUGCCUGUACAGAAGCAGACUAGAGCAGGUCAACGUACGCGAUUUAAGGCAUUUGUUGCCAUUGGAGACAGCAACGGACACAUUGGACUUGGAGUGAAGUGUUCGAAGGAAGUAGCCACUGCCAUUCGUGGUGCUAUUAUUCUGGCAAAACUCUCGGUUGUACCGGUUCGGCGUGGUUAUUGGGGCAACAAGAUUGGCAAGCCACAUACGGUGCCAUGCAAAGUGACUGGCAAGUGUGGUUCUGUACAAGUGCGCCUGAUACCAGCACCAAGGGGUACCGGUAUCGUCUCCGCUCCAGUUCCUAAGAAACUGCUACAGAUGGCUGGGAUCGAGGACUGCUACACUUCAGCCAGGGGUUCCACUUGUACACUCGGCAAUUUCGCCAAGGCGACAUACGCCGCGAUCGCCAAGACAUACGCAUAUUUGACACCAGAUUUAUGGAAGGAGCAGGCUUUGGCCAAAGCGCCUUACCAGGAAUUCGCGGAUUAUUUGUCAAAGACACACAAGGGCAGCGCGAGAACAACGGUAAACAACGCGUCAUUCCCCGCACGUCAGGGCUCCGGCCACGCACAUCUCUUAUCGGUGCGCUUAUCGUCAUCUCGGCCACUUCCGACUGCCACGCGCGCCAGGAUGUUUAAGAAAUUCAAGGACAAACUCGCGGAGGAGAUGAAGCAGUCGCCCGCGAGGUUACAGGCAAGCGUGCAACAACUCGCACAGGCGGUAGUAUCACCGGCCCUAUCCAACAGCUCCAUUCAGGAAGUCUCGGCGUCGAAUGACAAUUUCAGUCUGACAGAAGAUGGAGAUGAAACACCAAAAAAUACUCCGGUGAAACACAGUUUCCAGAAUGUUGACCUGAUAUCACCAUCCUUGAAUCGUGUGGAGAUCUCAAGAAGAUCCUCGGUGAGCAGUGUUACUAGCGACGCAUCCUCGUUGUUCCCGAUGUAUGAGAGUUCUCCAAAUCUAUAUCAUUUGCAGUCAGACAUGGAUCAGUCAGCUAGUGAAGUGGAUGAUAACAUCAGUCCUCAUCUUGAUAGAGUUACAAAGGAUCAGCUGUAUUCUGCCUACAAAAAGGUACAAACUAAAUAUCAUAAAUAUCGAGGUAGAUAUACAGAUCUGGCUACGCACUAUCGUGAAUUAGACAGAGUGAAAACCAGAUUGGAGUCUGUGCUGGUUGAAACGCAAGAUAAAGUUCUAAGAAGAAUAACCGACCUAAAAGAGCAGUGUCAAUUGGAACAGCAAGCAAAAGCGCAUCUGGAGGACAUACUGAGGAAUGACAUAGAGGAAAAAGAUCAUAUUAUAAAUACGUUAAAUACCAAGAUAAAACUGUUACAAGCCAGCGGACCAACGUUAGAUAAUUCAGUAUCAGAAGAUGCUCAGCAAAAGGAUGACUCUAAAGAGAAUCUAAUCGAUUUAACAAAUGAGCCGUCUAAUGAUGAAAAUAACGCGCUGUUAGUAGAAAAUAGUCAAUUAAAAGAGAAAUUGAAAAAACUAGAAAGCCUCGUUUUGAAGUACAAGGAAUCCUUGAAGCGUAAUAAGGAGAAAUUUACAGAGGUAAUGAAGGAAAAGAACACUUUGGAGAACGACUACGAGGCGCUAAAGACUUCCACUGCCGAGAAAAUGAGUGCGAUGGAGGAUAAAUUGAGUGCGGCGCGUACCGAAGUUGAAAAACUGACCGAGCAAGUAGACAUAUUGCACAAACGCGAAGAAGAGUCAGCAAUUUCGUUAGCCGAGAAUAAACUUUCCGUGCACAGGGAACUUGAGGAGAAGGAGGAACAGAUUAAGCAACUGCGAAUCGAUCUGAAGCAUGCGAUGGAGGACAGAGAGAAUUUGAACGAGGCGGUAGCGAGAUAUAAAAGCGAAUUAAGCGAACUGAAAUCAAUGCAUGCGGAUAAAGGCACGUUGGCGCCCGAUACGUUGAAGGAGACAAUUGAAAGAGUGAAAUCUACGCAACAAGUGGGGAUAAAUCAUCACGAGGAAGUUGAUCACGGAGAAGAACCGAAAGCACAGAAGGACGAGAAUACAUUGGAUGAGGUAACAUCUCGUUUACAGGAGAGAGAAACUGAGUUGCAGGAAUUGCAGGAUAGGUACGACGAGUUGGAAAAACGAAAUGUGGAGUAUAAACAUGAUAAAGAAACGUUGCAAAGUGAAUUGCUUGCUCACAAGGCCACAUAUUCGGACUUAAAAAAAGAGUACGAUGCGUACAAGAUCAUCGCGGAAGAGAAACGGAAAGACGCCGAUUCAACGAUCGAAAAGCUUCAAGCGACAGUACAAAGCGUCGACAAGGAAUUGGAGAAUAUGAGACAUGCAUUGAUCGAUAGGGAUCAAGUGUGUGAGAAUUAUAACAAAAAGGUACAGCAAUACACGUCCAUGCAUGAGAAGACUAAACAGAAAUUGAUGGAGCAGGAGACAGAGAUAAAGUCUCUUAAGAAAGAACUGGAGGAACUUUCCAAGGUGCAAGAAGAGUUGGAGAAUAAAAGGACGGAAUUAAGCGCGGUGCAAAGUGAGCUCGAACUUUGUAAAUCCACGAUCGACGAUCUUAGAAAUAAGGUCCAGGCAGACAGUUCAGCCAUAAGUUUACUGAAGAAAGAAAGGAGCGAUUUGAUGAAUCGUAUCAUGUAUUAUAAUAAUUAUGUGCAACGUUUGAAGCAGGAUUGCGCGGAUGUUAAAAGUGUCAUGUCGGAAGAGUUCUCUAACCAAAAGACCAGAAUAUCGGAUUUAAGCGCGACUCUUGCCGUAUCCUUCGUAAAGCUCGAAGAAGAAAACGUGACACUCAGAUCCAAAGUCGAUGAAUUGCAUUCAAAGAUAAAAGAUUUAGAACAGUUACGUUUCAAGGAGGCGAGACUGCAGUCAGAAUUGGCACAGAUUAUGAGCCAUAAAUCCACAUUAGAAGCGGAAUUGGAGAAGAGUAAGGAACAAUUGAAAGAGAUGACGUUAAAGAGCAACCAGUAUGACGAUCUUAACACGACGAAUAAUAAAUUAAUAGCCGAAAUCGAUAAUCUUAAUUUUAAAAUCCACGAUCUGGAAACGGCAUCGCGCGAAUUGACGCAAUCGCAGCAGGAAAUCAAGGUCCUGCGGGAACGAUUGAGGGCAUUGGAGAAUCUCGAGUCUGUAAAUCACGCGUUGUCCGUCGAGAUUGAUGACCUGAGGGAGAAACACACGCAGGCCAGUCGCGUCUUCAAGGAAGUGGACGAGUUAAACGCGAAGUUACGCGAAGCGACUGAGAUUAUUAGUUCAUUAAAAUCCGAAAACGACGAUCAGAACACGCUGCGAGAAGAGCUGCACGCCUCAAGAUCGGAAGUUGCGCGCUUGAAAGACGAUUUGGCUGAAAAAGAGAACGAGAUAAAGGCGCGUGAUAAGAAACUGGCGAAUGAAGAGGGGCAUGUCGCACAUUUGAGAUCUACCUGCGACAGUCAUAUUCAAACGAUCGAGGAGCACGUGAGGAAAUAUCUGAACCUGGAAGCGGAGUACCAAGCGACACGGGAGAAUCACGCGAAGAAAAUCGCCGAGUUGAUGGAGAACAACAAAGUGUUGCAGGAAACGGUAAAUGUGAAGCUCGUGCAAUUGAAGAAGAUGAAAACGAUUAAAGAGCGACAGGGCAAAACGAUUGAGGAGGUAAAAGCUGAGCUGAACGAAGCGAAGACCCGUCAAGCGGAAUUGUCCAGCCUGUUGGAAGCUUCUGAAAGGCAGGCGGAAUCGCUGAAAUUGGAAAAUACGCAGCUCGAGACGAUCAGCCUGGAGAACAAAGAUUUGAAAGACAAGUAUAACGAUCUUUUAAGCCGCAAUCGGAAGCUGUGCGAAGACGAAGAAGCUUUGAAGCGGAAAGUCGGAGAGUACGAGAGAGAGAUUGAAGAAUUGCGGAAAACGGUGAAAGAUCAUGUAGAGUCUUAUAAGUCUCAACUGAACAUCCAAAACGAGGAGACGGAACGCUUGGAUAAUGAAUUGAAGACCACCAAUGCAGAAAUUGAACGGAAAAAUGCAGAAUUGAAUUCGUUAAAUGAGAAAUUGGCAGUUAACGAAAGAGAAUUGCGAGAAAUAAAGGAAAGACUUAGCGAGCGAGAUGUCGAAUUGAAGAAUAAACUCUCCGAACUGGAUACAGCCGUGACAAACAGCAACGUCAUGAAAGAAGAGAACGAACGGCUUUGCGCGGAAUUAAAGUCGCUGAGGGAUGAAGUUAAAAAAAUUAAAGAUGUAGAAGACAGAAAUGCUGAGCUGAAUGGCAGAAUUGCCGAGUUGGAAAGCGUAAAUUCCAGUAACGCGGAGCUGCAAGCUCACGUAAAUAAUUUGCAGUCUAAGAUAUCUAGCUUAGAGGCUCUUAGGGUAGAAAACGAUAGACUGCAAACAGAGAUUGACAUUUUGCAGUCUGCGAAAAAUUCGUCGACGGAGUCGGGCGCCUUGAAAGACCUAUUGACGGCGAAGGACGCGGAGAUAAAACUGUUAGAGGACAAGAUAUCCAACAUGUCACAAGAGAUCGGGAAUUUAAGGCGAUUCUCGCUGGAGAUUGACGAACGGAGAAAAGGAACGGACACGCUGAGAAAUUCGCUCGCGCAAUCAGAGGAGAAGAUUACCGGCCUACAGUCGGAGAUUGAUGCUCUCGUUCGAACGAACAACGCGUUGCGAAAAGAAUUGGAAACCCUUCAUAAUGACGCCAAGUACCAACUCGAGAAAUUGCGCGAGGAGAACAAGAGAUUAGAGGCGCAGCUCGACGAGGCGUUAAUAACAUUCCAGGCAAAAGAAACGCAAAUGCAACUGGCGAACAACGAACUGAGAUCGCAUACCAAUCAGUUGAAGGGACAAUUGAAGACCAAUGAGGAGGAGCAAGGUAUGAGGCUGAAGCAGCUGGUCAAAGAAUUUCAGGCUCAGUUACACGACAAGGAAGAAGAACUCCAAGCCGCGUUAGAAAAACGUUUCGAUCGCCAACACAACUAUGAGUCGAAUCUUGUGCAGCAGUACAAGGAACAAUUGAAAGAUUGUCAGAUAGAAUUGACAGAGAAAUCCGAGCAACUCGAGAGUCUCGUUCUGGAAAAGAAAGACGCGGUAGCAGAAAAAGGAAAGGAUAUCGAUCGCUUGAUGGAAACGAUCGCGCAGAUUCAGAAAGAGCAUACUAAUGAGAUAAAAGAAUUAGAGAAAAAGUGGAAGACUAUAGUACAGCAAAAGAUCGACAAUAUGCAAGCGAAACACGAGGAGGAGUUGAAUGAAUUAACGAAAGAGUGGCAGAAUGAAAGAAAGCCCGAUGCACAAACUGAUGCAGCUUCCGAGGAAUUAGAGAGCACUUCGCGUGUAGCGAUGGCCGCGAUACAGACUAGCACCGGCUCGAUUCACACCCUGCAGCAGACUCUGACGUCUCAGAGGCGGGAACUAGCGGAACUUAGGAAAAUAGUGAGCUUGCGACACGACACAUUGGAAGAUUCAACAGAGAUCGAGUACCUCAGGAACAUUCUGUUCGAAUACAUGAUGGGAAGAGAGACGAUGGUACUUGCCAGAGUAAUCGCCGCCGUCGUCAAAUUCGAUCAGGAACAAACCGCGAAGAUACUUAAAAAAGAGGAGGAUAAAUUAACUCUGUUUGGCUCGCUUGGUCUCACGUAGUCCGAGAUGUACAAUUUUUCUGUAUAGAGGUGCAUAUAAAUUCUAUAGGCAAUUAACGCGUUCGCUGCUCGAGCACUCUCAACGCGGGUGUAUAUCUUUUAGUUUAAUAUAUAUAAAGAAGAAGAACGAAAAAA